AAGGAAAACCAUAACGCACCAGAAGACGUUUCAGCGUAAAAAUAGUGGAGUGGGUGGUGUCACGGUGUGGAUCGAAAUCAGAGUGGAGAGAAGUGAAUUAUGCUGGCGAGUCCGAGAGCACCACCAACAGUAACUGCCCAGCCGCAAGAGUCAUGGGAAUCAAUGCUCCCAGGCCCACCCAGCCGCAACAACUUUGGAUCCGCAGAUCUGAGCCCGCACGGCCUCUUGGCAUUCCCCUCCGGCAGCUCCAUCUCCAUCGUUGACACCCUUUCCAUGCAGUUACUCACCUCCUUCCCCAUCCCUCCCCCGCCUUCAUCCGUCGCUCCAUUCGUCACCGCCCUCCGCUGGUCACCCCUCCCUCUCAGCCGUCACCUUCUCUCCUCUGAGCCCUCCUCCAACCACCUCCUCCUCGCCGCCGCAGACCGGCAGGGCCGCAUUGCGCUCCUGGAUUUCCGCCUCAAGUCCGCCAUCCUCUGGUUCGACACCGGCUCUAAACAAGGAGUCCAAGACUUGUGUUGGGUCCAGGCACGCCCCGAUUCAUACCUUCUCGCUGCUAUUAACGGACCGUCCACUCUCUCCCUCUACAACGCCUCCACCGGACGCUGCGUUUGGAAAUACGACGCGUCUCCCGAGUACUUCUCCUGCAUUCGGCGCGAUCCCUUCGAUUCGCGCCGCAUCUGCGCCGUCGGACUCCGAGGCUUUCUGCUGUCUAUCGUUCUCCUCGGAGACACCGACGAUGCCGUAGUCAUCAAGGAGCUUCAGAUUACGAUCGACUCAAGCGAAUUUGUUAAGCUCGAGAGAGACGCCACAUCCGGAUCGUCCGCCUCUGCCAUCGUGUCGCCUGCGGCGGCGGCGUUUCCUACCUACGUUGCGAGGUUGGCGUUCUCCCAGCAGUGGAGGCACAUUCUGUUCGUCACGUUUCCGAGGGAGUUAGUUGUGUUUGACUUGGAGUAUGAGACGGUGGUUUUUUCCACCACGUUGCCGCGGGGUUGCGGCAAGUUUCUGGACGUGUUGCCUGAUCCGAGUAACGAGUGGAUCUACUGUGCUCAUCUUGAUGGCAAGCUCAGCACGUGGAGGAGGAAAACUGGGGAACAGGCACAUUCUAUGUACUCAUUGGAAGAGUUGAUGCCCUCAGUCGGUACCUCUGUCCCUUCUCCUUCAAUACUCUCUGUCCUUUUGUGCCAAUCAGAUUCGACAUUUCAGAACAUUGACAAGAAUUAUUCUGAUGUACCUAGUUCUCCUUACCUUCGCGAGGAUUUUGAUAAUCCUUUUGAUUUUUGUUAUGAGUCUAAUAUUGUUUCUAAGAUACAUUUGAUCUCCAUUUCUGAUGAUGGAAAAAUUUGGAACUGGCUCUUGGCUGCUGAAGGGCUUGCAGACACCCAAAAGGAGGAUAAGAAGUUAGAUUUGGUCAAUGAUGACCAUAAAGUAUCGCAUCGUGGGGCCAACUCUAAUACCUUAGCAUCUUCUGUGGGUGGACGUGACCUACAUGUAGGCAGGCAACGGGAGGGUUGCAACAAUAAUAGAAGCCAUUUGCAGAGCUCAAUCUCCGACCAGGAGGAAUUUUCAAUGAAGAUUAGCUUAGUUGGACAGCUUCAGCUUCUUUCCUCAACAGUGACUAUGCUGGCAGUACCUACCCCUUCUCUUACAGCCACCCUGGCCCGUGGAGGAAAUAAUCCAGCAGCAGCUGUUCCCCUGGUUGCUUUGGGAACCCAAAGUGGGACAAUAGAUGUUGUUGAUGUUUCAGCCAAUGCUGUUGCUUCAAGUUUAUCUGUUCAUAAUGGUACUGUUAGGGGACUACGAUGGUUGGGAAAUUCCAGGCUGGUUUCAUUUUCUUAUACUCUGGCUAAUGAAAAAUCUGGAGGAUAUAUUAACAAGGUAGUUGUUACCUGCCUUCGAAGCGGCCUUAACAGGAUGGUCCGAGUUAUGCAAAAGCCAGAACGCACACCUAUUAGAGCUUUGAGAACAUCUUCAUCUGGAAGGUAUCUUCUAAUUUUGUUUCGUGAUGCACCUGUGGAAGUUUGGGCAAUGACUAAAAAUCCCCUCAUGCUUAGAUCAUUAGCUCUUCCAUUUACUGUACUGGAAUGGACUCUUCCAACAGUUUCACGUCCUUCUAAAGAUCAAACAUCUGGAACAUCAGAUGAAGCAUCUAACCUCUCCAAAACUUCCUCUUCUGAUUCCACAGAGGGUUCAAGUACUGAGGAAUCUCAGGAUGACGUGUCUGAAAGUUUUGCAUUUGCUUUGGUGAAUGGGGCACUUGGAGUUUUUGAAGUGCAAGGUCGAAGAGUUCGUGAUUUCCGACCAAAAUGGCCUUCUUCUUCAUUUGUAUCAUCGGAGGGAUUGAUAACAGCAAUGGCCUACCGUACGCCUCAUGUGGUCAUGGGAGACAGAACAGGGAGCAUAAGAUGGUGGGAUGUGGUGACUGGACAUUCUUCUGCAUUCAACACUCACAGAGAAGGAAUCCGGCGAAUCAGAUUUUCACCUUUUGUUCCAGGGGACCAGAGUCGGGGGCGAAUUGCUGUUCUUUUUUAUGAUAAUACUUUUUCUGUAUUUGAUUUGGAUUCGCCAGACCCCUUGGCCAAUUCACUUUUGCAACCCCAAUUUCCUGGAACCCUUGUAUUGGAACUAGAUUGGUUGCCCUUGCGAACGGAUAAGAAUGAUCCACUGGUAUUGUGCAUUGCUGGAGCAGAUGGUAGCUUUCGUCUUGUUGAAAUUAAUGCAAAUGAUAAACGAUCUGGUUAUGCAGUCCACAUCAGAAAUACAAAGGAGAGAUUCCGGUCAAUGCCUAUAUGUUGUCCCAUACUACUUCCUUCACCACAUGCCCUGGCGUUGCGCAUGAUCUUACAAUUGGGUGUUAAGCCUUCUUGGUUUAAUACUUGUAGUACGACCAUAGAAAAGAGGCCUCACUCACUUCCAGGAACUCCUACAUCUACAGGGGAUCUUCGCACAUACAUGAUCAACAUUCCACCUCUUGGCGACUCGGUGGUGCCGGAGAUGCUUUUGAAAGUAUUGGAACCAUAUAGAAAAGAAGGUUGCAUUCUUGACGAUGAGAGAGCAAAGUUCUAUGCAAGUAUUGUGGAUAAAGGUUGUGCUGCAAGGUUUGCUUUCGCAGCUACUAUAUUUGGUGAAUCCUCAGAAGCUCUGUUUUGGCUACAGUUGCCUCGUGCACUUAAACAUUUCAUGAACAAGUUAUUGAGAAAGCAUCCAGCAAAAAAUUCCACAGCGGCACCUAUCUCUGAUGUUGGUAAUGAGACAUCUCUACUAUCUCGGAUAUCAUCAAAAGGAAAACAGACAGAAGAAACAGGGAGAGAUGUAUUGAGUCGAGGGCAACUACGGUUAAUGGCUUUUGACAGAGAAGAGCUGUGGAAAACUGCCAGUGAUCGAAUUUCUUGGCAUGAAAAAUUAGAAGGUGAAGAGGCUAUUCAGAAACGUAUUCAUGAGCUUGUGUCUGUUGGAAACCUAGAAGCCGCAGUUAGUUUGUCACUUUCUACACCUCCAGAGAGCUCUUACUUCUAUGUCAACGCUCUUCGAGCUGUUGCUCUCUCUUCUGCUGUCUCAAGGUCUCUUCAUGAACUUGCAGUGAAGGUUGUUGCUGCCAACAUGGUGAGGGCUGACAGGUCACUCUCUGGCACGCAUCUUCUAUGCGCUGUUGGAAGAUAUCAAGAAGCAUGUUCUCAGCUACAAGAUGCUGGGUGCUGGACUGAUGCUGCAACCUUGGCCGCUAGGCACUUGAAGGGGUCGGAUUAUGGAAGGGUGUUGCAAAGGUGGGCCGGACACGUGCUGCACACUGAACAUAAUAUCUGGAGGGCCCUAAUUUUGUAUGUUGCUGCUGGUGCACUGCAAGAGGCUUUGGCUGCUCUUCGUGAGGCUCAGCUGCCUGACACAGCUGCAAUGUUUAUCCUUGCAUGUCGUGAAACACAUGCAGAAAUAGUUUCUAACCUUGGUAUUCCUGCCGAAGAAUCAAGUUCAUCAGUCAAGGAUGACCUACUGGACUUGCGUGCUUUAGAUCCAAAGAAUGAAGAUGUCAUUGCAGUUGAUGAAUAUUUUGGACAAUAUCAAAGAAAGUUGGUGCAUCUAUGCAUGGAUUCGCAGCCUUUCUCUGACUAAGUGUAGGAGGAGCUACCAAACUUGAGUGCUUUAUGAAAUGAAUUCGAUUUUCUCACUUAUAUUCAUGGAAGAAUUAUUGGAUUGAUCAAAGCCAUGAAAAGAAGUAUUGGGCUGAUUCCCAUUCCAGUACCACCUGGAGCCUGCAUUUUUUGUGUCAAAGGAUGGAUAUUAUUGCCUAUGAUGUUGUAAAAAGUGUGUAUAAUUGCGAGAGGGAUGGCAUACAGCGAUAAGGAGUCUUGGAGGGAGGCGGAUACCAGAGUCCCCUAUGAAACACAUUGCUAUUAAUUGCAAUUAAAAUGAUUUACCUGAACUUUUUACUUAAAAAUUGGAAUUACACGGGGUAAUUGGCCCCUUUUAGCUCUUAUAUAUAGAAUUUUGUAGGCAACAAAUCAUAAAUUGUAUUUGUAUUUGAUUAAUAGGAGACUCAAAGGGUUGCAUCUGCAUCUGCAUGCAACGUGAAAAUAGUAUGUUAAUUCUAUGAGAAAAUAUUUUGGCACACAUUUAUAUUCA